AUGGACAGAGAGAUUAUAUUGUACAAAGGGUUGUUGGAGUCAACAAAUGUUGGAAAUCAAAAGGACAGAAACAAAAGCUCAGAUCGAAUAAAGAAAAAGACGACAGACAUAAGGGUGCCAUCAUCCCAGCUCACGUCAAAGUAUUUACAAAUGGUAUCCACUGUGACCAUCCUGAAGCAACUCUCAACCCUCGACCUCCAAGUUGUACUGGCAUAG